GAGGAACGGUUAAAAAAUAUUGAAGAGGAACUAAAGGUGUUACAACCUCCACAAGAGAUAGUUGAUAUGGGAGCCGGAAGAGAAGCAUUUACUGAGUUAGAGGAUCGGAGUGAUAUACAGGAUAUGGAUAUCGACAUGUUAGGCGAAGAAGUAGAAGAAACUCUUCAAACUUCGUUACAUAUGGAACUGACUAGACUUCAGAUCACUCGACAUUAUUAUACUGAUGCUGUUCGUUUUAUUCACCAAAUAUACACUGCUAUCCCGAUGCUCUGUCAGCUUCUUGUUUUUAUGAUCAAAUCAGAGGUUUUGGAGGCUAUUGAUUUUUUUGUCACGGCCUACACAUAUAAGAUGGAAUUUGCCAGAGAAGGGCUAAAGAAAAUAUUACACUUGAUUUGGACUAAAGAUAAUAAUAAUAAGAGAAAGGGAAUUCAGAAACGAUUGAUCGAAAGCUAUCGUAAACUGCAUGCUUUUUGGAAUAAAACUAAAGCGUUGCAUCAACAUUUUAGCUUGACAUUCAAUGCGACCCUAGCCGAGUUAACGUCUUUAGAACAGCUUCUGACCGUAUCCAAAAAGGAGAUUCUAAAAACACAACGCCAUGGUGCUAUUAUUGUUUUAAGUAUGCUUGCGAAAGCAAAAAUGGAGAUUGUCCAGGAAAAGAUUGAUCUAUUGCUAAAAAUUGGACUAGGGUCUUUUGAAAAAGCCGAUUUUUCUCUUGCUAAAUACACUUGCAUUGUGUUGCAAUGUCUUGAUGGAAGUAAGACUAAAGUAAAAGGUUCGUUAAACAAUGAUUCGAUUCAGUUGCCCAUGUCCCAUCAAAUCUUUCAUCGAUUGAAACAGAUGAUUGAAAUUCAAACAACUUUGCAAGAAUGGUAA